CCCGCCUCGUCCCUCGGCCAUCGCAGCAGGCAUGGGCUGUUUCUGCGCUGUCCCGGAGGAAUUUUACUGCGAAGUCUUGCUCCUGGACGAGUCCAAGCUGACCCUGACCACACAGCAGCAAGGCAUCAAGAAGUCAACGAAAGGGUCGGUUGUCCUGGGCUACGUAUUUCGCCACUUAAACCUGGUGGAAAUAGAUUACUUUGGACUGCGUUACUGUGACCGAAGUCAUCAAACGUACUGGCUGGAUCCUGCAAAGACCCUCGCUGAACAUAAAGAAUUGAUAAACACUGGACCACCAUACACUCUGUAUUUUGGCAUUAAAUUUUAUGCAGAGGAUCCAUGUAAACUUAAGGAAGAAAUAACAAGGUAUCAGUUUUUCUUGCAGGUAAAGCAAGAUGUUCUACAGGGCCGUUUGCCUUGUCCAAUCAACACUGCAGCACAGCUGGGAGCGUACAUAAUUCAGUCUGAGCUGGGGGACUAUGACCCAUACAAGCACACGGCAGGUUACGUUUCCGAGUACCGCUUCGUUCCCGACCAGAAGGAAGAGCUGGAGGAUGCCAUAGAGCGGAUACACAAGACUCUGAUGGGUCAAGUUCCUGCUGAGGCAGAAGUGAACUAUUUAGGUGUGGCCAAGUCUCUGGAAAUGUAUGGAGUGGAUCUCCAUCCUGUUUAUGGUGAAAACAAAUCUGAAUACUUUCUAGGAUUAACACCCAUAGGAGUUGUUGUCUACAAGAAUAAAAAACAAGUAGGAAAGUAUUUCUGGCCUAGAAUUACAAAAGUUCACUUCAAGGAAACACAGUUUGAACUUCGAGUCCUGGGAAAAGAUUGCAAUGAAACUUCCUUCUUUUUUGAAGCACGUAACAAGGUCACAUGCAAACAUCUCUGGAAAUGCUGUGUAGAGCAUCACACAUUUUUCAGGGUGCCAGAGAAUGAAUCAAACUCUCUGUCAAGAAAAGUCAGCAAGUUUGGAUCCAUAGGUUAUAAACAUCGUGGCAAAACAUCAUUGCGGAUGACCAGAGACACUUCUGUGCAGCUACCGCGGCCUGACCAGAGCAUUGAAAGAAGUCGCAGCAAGACUUACCCCAAAAGAACACAACAGACAGGUUCUAAGAACACGAGCCAGAUUACAACAAAUGGAGAAAAUGAAGGAACUACUAAAAUUAUUGCACCUUCUCCAGUGAAAGGCUUUAAGAAGAUGAAAAAUGAAAACAGCCCAGAAACACAAAGAAGUAAAACAAGUGCUCCAUGGGAGGAAAAUGGCCCACAGAGUGGACUGUAUAAUUCUGCUAGUGAUCGCAAUAAAUCACCAAAGUUUCCUUACUCUCGCCGAAGGAACCCAUCUGGUGGCAGUGAGAAUGAAUCUGGGCAGCCAGUUCGGAGGAGGAAAAAUCAAAAUAGUGGUGAAGAUUCAGACUUAAAGCAAAGGAGAAGGUCACGGUCCCGCUGUAACACCAGCAGUGGCAGCGAAUCCGAAAAUUCCCACAGAGAGCAUCGGAAGAAGAGAAACAGAUUACGGCAGGAGAAUGACAUGGUUGACUCGGCUCCUCAGUGGGAAGCUGUGCUGCGGCGGCAGAAGGGGAAAACCCAGGCGGAUCCAAACUACCGGCGAUCCAGGCACAGAUCUCGAUCGAGAAGCCCAGAUGUACAAGCUAAAGAAGAACUGUGGAAACAUAUCCAGAAGGAGCUUGUGGAUCCAUCUGGCCUGUCUGAGGAGCAAUUGAAAGAAAUUCCAUACACUAAAGUAGAGACUCAAGGUGACCCCAUCCGCAUCCGGCACUCGCACUCCCCUCGCAGCUACCGGCAGUACCGGCGGUCCCAGUGCUCCGAUGGGGAGAGAUCUGUCCUGUCUGAAGUGAAUGUCAAAACUGAUCUGGUCCCUCCAUUGCCUGUUACACGAUCUUCAGAUGGGAAAGGUCCCAGCAUCCAGCUGACUCAACAGAGGCAGAAUGGAUCUAAAGACAGCCUAAUAGAAGAAUCAUCUCUGCUAUCCACUAAUAAUGUUGAUGGAAAAUCCGCCACUAAGAUUGUAAAAACUGUACAGGUGUCAUGCUUCAAGGUGGAGACUUGAAUGAUGAAUUGAAGAUGGUGAAUGGAUUUUGGUCUUUGGAAAGUGAGAAUUUGUUUGUGUGUGCAGGGGAAGGAAGUGAAGUCGACAUGGUGGUCUUUCCUUCAGGACACCUGGCAGUGCAGCCUGCUUGCUGGGAAGACCAAGCAAUGGUUUUAUCACCACUAGUGGUGUGACUGAUUAAGGACAAGCUGCCUGAUAGACAACCAAAAACAAAAGUAUUUGCAAAACUGAAAGAUCAGAAAUUACAUUUCCAAAAACAAUGACAAAAAAAAAAAAAUUGAUGCAACAAAACAGGCUUCAUGGUCUACCCUGUAACUGAAUAGCUUUGCUCCCAGAAGUGACUGUUAACUGACAUGAUCAGGACCAGAUGCUUCGAGAUAAGUAAAAUAGUCAUAUUUUUUGUCAAUUGUGCAAUACAGUGUGACAUGGGGAAAUUAUCUUUACAAUUUAUAUGGGGAUCAACUUAUGUCCUGAGACAUAAGGACAGAUAGCUCUUACAAGGGUUAUUUUAGCCUAGCACAAUAACACACACUGGUGUUGUUGAUACAAAUUCUGACUCAACCCACUUUAGCUCAAAAAUAAUAGACUCCAUAACAUACUGUAGCAGUGAGUUCCAGAGGUGAUACAGACUUACUUUGCCUUGGGCAGGUUUAAGUGCUCUAAAUUUUGAAUGUCCUUUUAUGUAGAGGGACUAUGUAAAUGAACAUUCCAUAUCACAGAAACACAUUUACCAAGUUGUAGUAAAACACACUGGAGACUGGGGAACCCACUGUGUUGAGGCCUACUGAGUCUUAAAUUACUUAAGUUAAUCCACUUAACCCACUGUGUUAAGACUGCUUAGCAAGGCACGUCAGUGCUGGUUAAAUGAA